GUGUGCACGGAGGAGGCGAUUUACACAUGAUAUAGAGUAAAAAUCCAGAGUAUAGUGCGUUUUAUUUCAGGUCGGUCUCCCACGCGAUCCAAAUAUGCCCAGCAAAAAGAAGAAAUACAACGCCAGAUUCCCCCCGGCGAGGAUUAAGAAGAUUAUGCAGACAGAUGAAGAAAUAGGAAAGGUGGCUGCAGCAGUCCCCGUUAUAAUUUCGAGAGCCCUGGAGCUUUUUUUGGAAUCGUUGCUUACGAAGGCCUGUCAAGUCACCCAGUCUAGGAACGCAAAGACGAUGACAACGUCACAUCUAAAACAGUGUAUUGAACUGGAGCAACAGUUUGAUUUCCUGAAAGACCUGGUGGCAACAGUGCCAGACAUGCAGGGCGAGGGGGAAGAGAACCACACUGAGGGGGGAGGAGAAAAAGUUUCCCGCAGGGGUAGAAAACCUGGAACUGGACGCAAGAAUGGAGGGGUCGGCUCCAAAGGAAAGGACAAGAAGUUGUCUGGCACCGAGUCAGAACAAGAGGAUGACUCUGAAGACAGCGAGACGGAGGGGGACGAGGAGGACGGCUCUCAGUCCAGCACAAAUCUACAGGCUGCAGCAAGGUUCAACAGCUCCGACGCGCCCCCCCAGUACAUGCACACGGGCGACACGGUCUCAACGGGCAGCAUGGCACCAGCACAGCCCCAGGGCACCAUGGCCUUCGCCCCGCACCCCUCCAUGAUGAGCGUGGCACUGCCUCCGCCAGCCCCAGCGCCGCACAAAAACGAGGAUGACGACGACGACGAUGAAGACUAUGACUCUUAGCUCCAUCUCGCCACCUCCUCCACCAAUCAUUCUCACAAACACAAACGCAUACACUUUCAGCUUUAUUUUCUAUCUCUUGCGUUGUUGUUGCGGCGGGCGCUCAAAACAGUGGAGGGAAAGACUCUUCAUCACAGCCUGCUGGCAGAAAAAACCUCUCGACAGCCGGCUGAAAGAGACUCCGCCACAGGAAACAGAAAACUGGUUGUAUAUUAUGUGUUUUAAUUUUCAUUUUCUUUAAAAAAAAAAAAAGGGUUUAUUUUAUUGUAGAGGAGAGUUCAACAAGGAUGUUUUUUAACAAGUCAGUCGUUCUAUUUUGACUAUUAAAAAUGGCAGUCGUCGCUGUUUUCGCCAUGAGGCCCCCGGCAGACAGGAUAGGUGUGGUUUGUGUUGCCUCAUAGCUUUUUCUUUUGGCACUUUCCUUGCUACCAUGAUCCUCUGUAAUAGACAUGAUAAAGGGAACGUAUCCGUCGUCAUGCAAACCCUCAGGUUGGCUUCAAAGAAAAUAAAUCAGCAAUUGGUUGUUAAACCCUGAAGUAUAGCCUUUAAUAAUCGUGCAAAGGCAAAUAAUGGAGAGGAAUUCAGGACAAGAGCUUGUAAAGGUUGAGGAAGGUGAACACGGUUGUCGAAGGGAAAAGGUCAGGUUCUAUAUAUUAUAUUAUCGAUUGGCUAUGAAUAAAUGCUGUUCGGGCUUUUCAUCAACAAGUCAGUUAAAUUAUCAAACUGUAACAUAAACGAGGAUGCAGGUGUAUUUUUGCUAUAGUUUAGCAAGCCGCAGCUUUUUUUGAAUUAGUUUCUAUUUUUAAUUCAUGCUUUUUAUCAAGAGGACUGUAAACGUUCACGACCACAGCCCUGGAGAUGACCAUAUCAGCUGGUUAAUGAUUUACAUUGUUGUUUUUGAUGCUGUCAGUCAUUUCAAGCUCCUGUAUUGUUUUAUACGAUCAUUAAAUUCCCCCUGAAUCGCCCAUCAGAAGAAUCCAGAACCAUGACUUUGUUUUUAAAGUUGUUCGUCCCCUCUUAAUUUCUCCUCUGGUCACCCCUCCAGUCAUUUUCUCCUUUAUCUUAGAUUGUUUUAGAUGUAAAGCAGAGACGGGGCUCCCAUUUAUAUGUCGGUCUCAGUAUGUUUCCAAAUAGACAUGGACACUGUAUUGUAAACUUUUAACAUUCUUUUUAUUUUGUAUGGGUGAAAUAAAGUUCAUAUUUCAA